CUUGUAUGUGUGUAUGUGUGUGUUUCUUCCACAUCCAAUUCACACCAUGGCUCCCAAACACACCCUUAUAUCUGGAACAUUAAUUUUAUUUUUGAUUAAUGCCUGUUUCGCUGCUGUUCCAGUGGAAGAAGAAGAUCCAAGGUUUUGGAACAUAAAAGGAAAGGAUGCUCUCAUCUCGGCUUUGUCUCAGAAGCCAAAUAUUCAUCGAGCCAGAAAUCUCAUUCUCUUUCUUGGAGAUGGUAUGGGAGUUUCGACAGUGACGGCUGCUCGGAUUCUCAAAGGACAGCUUGCUGGAAAAAAUGGAGAGGAGACAAUGUUAACCAUGGACACGUUCCCUCACCUGGCUUUAUCCAAGACCUAUAACGUGGAUCAGCAGAUGCCAGACAGUGCUGGUACAGCCACAGCAUAUCUCUGUGGUGUCAAAGCAAAUUACGGAACACUGGGCCUCAGUGCUGCAGCUCGGAGGGGGCGGUGUAGCACUGCCAAAGGCAACGAGGUCAAAUCAGUCCUCCACCGCGCCAGAGCAGCAGGGAAGUCUGUGGGUAUUGUGACCACCACACGAGUUCAGCAUGCAUCCCCAGGAGCAAAUUAUGCUCAUGUUGCUGAUAGAGACUGGUACAGUGAUGCUGAGCUGCCUGCUGGUGCAUCGGGUGAAGGCUGCAAAGACAUUGCUUAUCAACUCGUCCACAACACUGAUAUUAAUGUGAUUUUAGGUGGAGGGAGAGUGUACAUGCUCCCUGCAGGGACUGCAGAUCCUGAGUAUCCUGCAACGUUUGGUAGCAGAUUGGAUAAGACUAACCUGAUUGAUGAGUGGCUCAAAAACAAAAAAAAUGCCCACUAUGUGUGGAAUAUAACUCAGUUUAACAAUGUGGAUGAGAAAAACACAGACUAUUUAAUGGGUCUUUUUGAGCCAAAGGACACCAGGUAUGAGCUUGAUAGGAAUCCAGAAACAGAUCCAUCACUCACAGAGAUGAUGGAAAAAGCCAUCAAGAUCCUCAGCAAGAACCCCAAUGGAUUUUACCUUUUUGUGGAAGGUGGUAGAAUAGAUCAUGGUCACCAUGCAAGUGAAGCUAAACAUGCUCUGCAUGAAGCAGUAGAGUUUGACCGUGCUAUCGCCCGAGCAGCUGAGAUGACCAGCGAGUUGGACACCAUGACUGUGGUUACCGCUGAUCACUCACAUGUGUUCACUUUUGGCGGAAACUCACCCAGGGGCAAUCCAGUACUGGGACUUUCUACUAAAAUGGGGUCUGAUAAGAAACCCUUUACUACCACUCUGUAUGGGAAUGGACCAGGAUAUAUCUACAAUGCAACACGGCCAGACCUUGACUACAGUAUUACAGGCAGCAAUGAUUAUGUCCAGCAGUCUGCUGUUCCUCUCUCAUCGGAAACUCAUGGCGCUGAAGAUGUGGCUAUUUUUGCGAAAGGUCCAAUGUCUCAUCUUUUCCAUGCAGUUCAUGAACAGAGCUACAUCGCCCAUGCUAUGGCCUAUGCCGCCUGCAUUGAGCCCUAUGAAUACUGUCACUUAGAGCUGUUUUCUGAACCAGACCCAAAUCAUGCUGUAUUUAUCCAUCUCAGCAUCUGUACAAUGCUGCUCAGCCUCUUCACCUCUUUUAUCCAUUUCCUCUAA